AUGAGGAUAUGGGUGCUAUUCCUCUUGUCUUUAAUUUGUGUCACCGUUCUCGUUGAAGCCUUCGAUAAUGCUCGACGAAAAGUGCAAGACAAGACAGCAAUAGCUGAAGAGGACGAGGAUCAAAGUGUUGAAGAGGCGGUGAAACCACCAAGCAAACGAGGAGCAUCGAAGAAUAAAAAGUUACACAAAGAUGAGACUGAUGAAGAAGAUGAACCCGUUGAUGAACCAAAAAGACAAGUGAAGAAAGGAAAGAAAAAGGCAAAACAAGAGGAAGAAGUAGAUGAUGAUGAAAAUAAACCCUACCCAAUCUGUCAAACACCUCCAAAGCCGAAAAAGGAGGCUGAAAAGAAAAAGAAUUCGGAAAAAGAUAGCCAAGUAAAAGAAAGUGAUGAGAAGAAAGAAACUGACACACUUGAUGAUGAUUAUGAUGAUGAUGAUGGGGACGCAUGUCAUUGUGAGAUGAAUGAUAUCACUUGUGAUAAUGUCCUUUUCGAGGAUAACAGCAAAUUAGACACGUUGAUGUUGCACUCGGUAAACAAAGACUUCAUCGCUUACACCUUCCGUGCAAGAGACAACACUUUCUAUUACUUGGAAAAGGAUAAAAUCAUUCCUGAAAUGGUUGAAAAUGUUAGAGAAGUGGAUCUUUCAAGGAAUAAAGUGCAAGAGAUCAAAAAUGAAGCUUUCUACAAUUUCAAGAAUAUGAGUGUCUUGAGAUUGGAAGGGAACAAUUUGAAGAAGCUAGACAAAAACGUUUUCAAGGGCGCUCCCGAAGAACAACUCCACCAACUAUUCUUGAACCAAAAUCGUUUCACGAGUUUACUUGAAAAGCCAUUCUCUUUGUUGAAGAACUUGAAGAGAUUGGUUCUCGAUUACAAUAAGAUCAAAGUUACCAGUGAAUUAUUCGAGGGAUUGGAAAAUCUUGAGGAACUCUCAAUGGACUUUUGCAAUUUGGGAGACAAGAACUUUGAUGUGAACGUUUUUGAUAAGAUUCCAAAACUUCGUGUCCUUUCAUUGCGUGGAAACCACUUCACCGAAGUGCCAAGAGCCAUUCAAAAGUUGCCGAAUCUGGAGCUGCUUGAUCUCUCAAAUACAAGGAUUUCAGAAUUCCACGAGAAAUCUUUCAUGGAUGAUCAGAGUCUCAAAGUUCUUCGCGCCGAAAACAUGAGAUAUUUGUGGAGUCUCGAUGAUUGUUCUUUCUGCGAUAUUCCCACUUUAGAGGAAAUUUACCUCUCAAACUCGACCCACUUGUGGAACAUUAAUAAGAAUGCUUUCGGAUAUGUGAAAGGAACAAAGGCAAAAAAUAUGAAGAAGAUUGACCUCACCCAAUGUAAUGUGUCGAUUCUGCAUGAGGAGACGCUUCCUUGGGGUGAAAACAUAGAACUGCUGAUGACAGAGAACCCCGUGAACUGCUCUUGUGACACGACAUGGCUUCUCGAGGAAGAAUAUUAUGCUUUUAAUCAAGAGAAUCUUAUGCCAAAAUGUAAAUACCCAGAAAAAGUCGAAGGAAAGCCACUCCCGGCUGUUCAACAAUCGGAAGUUUGCAAGAAUAUCAGAAGAAAGCAUCAAGGUGGUCGCUUUUUGCAAGCAUUUGUUUUGCUCUUAUUGGUUUCAAUGAUCUGUUUCACUUUCUAUUAUCUUGUCACUUCCGGCAAAUUGAUGAACCUGUUGCGACCAAAAUCUGGCCUUAACCUUCAAUACUCAAAUUUGUCACGUGUUCCAAAUGAUGAGCAACCACUUGAAAGGGAUUUUCAACCAAAACCACAAGAUGUU